GAAAAUUAUGUGUAAACUUUAGAGUUUCCUUUUUUUUGCUGUCUUUAUUUAGACUGAAAAACUGUUCUUUGUGUUUUGAAUUGUAUCAGAUGCUCUACUGUGCAAAGAAGUACAAGAACUCAACAUUUUUCUCCUGAUUUGAGAGGUGUACUGUUAAAAAUAUUUUUGGUACUUCAUAAUUUUAAACUGAGGCUAAUUCAAUGUCCUUUUAAGGAAAGAAUCCUGCUGUCUUCACCUGAUCUGGCCUAUAUCUCAGCUGAAAAUGUGUUGCUGGAAAAGCGCAGCAGGUCAGGCAGCAUCCAAGGAACAGGAGAAUCGACGUUUUGGGCAUAAGCCCUUCUUCAGACUAGUACCACACCAUUAUGGUUAACUUUUCAAGUUCUUUCAAAAUAAUCGAGAAAGGCACUUGGUUUUAUUUUUCAAACCACUGUGCAUGGGCAAUAUAUGUCAAUCUUGCUGUCAGAGUCCAUAUUCUGAAAAUUACACUUUUAAAAAUAACAAUGAGGUUUAAGUUUUAAAUGCCUGUUUUCUCUAUUUCCUGAGUUACUGAUAGCUGGAUAUUAUUGGACGCGGAUGAUCUCUAUACUCCAAGUGCAGGCAAUAGUUUGGGAUGAGUAUCUUACUGGACCAUUUGGACUGAUUGCACAGUAUUCACUAUUAAAGGAACAUGAAGUUGAUAAAAUGUUUACCCUGAAGGAAGGGCAUAUACCUCCAGCUGAAGUCAAAAACAUAAUUUUCUUUGUGAGGCCUAGACUGGAACUAAUGGACAUUAUUGCUGAUAAUAUUCGUUGUGAGCACAAGCAUCAUGGUCCACCCAGAGAUUUCCAUAUUCUGUUCCUGCCACGUCGAAGUCUCCUUUGUGAACAGAGAUUAAAAGAACAAGGACUAUUGGUCCACUUCACCCAUAUAGAGGAGUACAGCCUGGAUUUAAUUCCAUUUGACAGUGAUCUAAUGUCCAUGGAAGCUGAAAGUGCAUUUAGGGAGUGUUACCUAGAAAAUGACCAGACCAUCUUAUUCAGUGUUGCCAAAGGACUGAUGACUCUGCAAGCUUUGUAUGGAACCAUCCCACAGAUAUUUGGGAAAGGUGAAUGUGCACGGCUUGUGGCAAAUAUGAUGCUAAGAAUGAAGAGGGAAUUUGCUGGGACUCAGAACCAGAUCUUACCUGUCUUCGAUAAACUCUUGUUACUUGAUCGAAAUGUUGACUUGUUAACGCCCCUGGCAACACAACUGACUUACGAAGGACUUAUUGAUGAAAUAUAUGAAAUUCAAAAUACACAUGUAAAGCUGCCUCCUGAGAAAUUUGCACCUAAGAAGCAAAAUGAAAGUGGCCGAGAUCUUUCCAAUGAACCUAAGAAGCUACAGUUAAACUCUGCUGAAGAACUGUAUGCAGAAAUCAGGGACAAAAACUUCAAUGCAGUUGGUUCAGUUCUGAGCAAAAAGGCCAAGUUCAUAUCUGCUGCAUUUGAGGAAAGACAUAAUGCAAAAACUGUAGGUGAAAUCAAACAGUUUGUGUCCCAGCUUCCACACAUGCAAGCAGCAAGAACUUCACUAGCUAAUCAUACAUCUAUUGCUGAACUCAUCAAAGACAUUACAGCAUCAGAAACAUUCUUUGACAAGCUGACUGUGGAACAAGAAUUUAUGUCUGGGAUUGAUACUGACAAGGUUAACAGUUACAUUGAAGAUUCCAUUGCUCAAAAAGAACCUCUGAUAAAUAUUCUGCGACUUGUUUGUAUGCAGUCAGUGUGUAAUAAUGGCCUGAAACAGAAAGUCCUAGACUAUUACAAGAGAGAGAUUUUGCAGACAUAUGGUUAUGAGCACAUUUUAACCCUGAAUAAUCUAGAAAAGGCUGGUUUAUUGAAACCUCAGACUAGCACCAGGAAUAAUUAUCCAACUAUAAGAAAAACUCUGCGCCUUUGGAUGGAUGACAUCAAUGAACAGAAUCCCAAUGAUAUAUCUUACGUGUACAGUGGUUAUGCCCCUCUAAGUGUGCGGUUAACACAGUUGCUAGCUCGUCCUGGGUGGAGGAGCAUUGAAGAAGUCUUAAAGAUGUUGCCAGGACCUCAUUUUGAAGAAAGACAGCAACUGCCUUCUGGAUUGCACAAAAAACGUCAACAGGGAGAGAACAGAGUUACUCUGGUGUUCUUUCUUGGAGGUGUCACUUAUGCUGAAAUUGCUGCGCUUAGAUUCUUAUCUCAGAUGGAAGAAGGAGGUACAGAAUAUAUUAUAGCGACUACAAAACUGAUAAAUGGAAAAAGCUGGAUUAAAUCUAUGAUGGACAAGUUAGAGCCAUCUCUAUUCUGAAAAGACAAUGUAAUGGACAAUAUUCGUCAAGAUGAGGAUUUUUAAAAUACAACAAACAACAGAAGCUUGCAUGCUAUCUAAGAGUUAAUGCAAAGUACUCAGAGAUGCCCAGGUCCUGCCUGGUGCCCAGGUGUGUUUGGAAAAUAUGAUACUGCUGUAAUAUGUUUCAGUUGAGAAACUAAAUUGAGCACAGCAUGGGGCACGAAACAAACUUCAAAUGUGGCCUUGGUCAAUAUUCAGCUGCACUGGCGCUUCUGAGCCAUGUUUUCAUUCCUUAGGUGGAGUAGUACGUGAAACCAGAACGCUUAGGUAUUCAUUGUACUUUAGGAGUCACAUGACAACUGCCUGAAACAAGUUUCUAUGUUGGCAGAAUUUGAUCAUUUGUGCCACUGAAUGGAUUUAACUUGCAUGCAGACUUUGCACAUAUCUGCAUUUUGGUGUACUCUGAAAUCUGAAAUGAUUUCUUAACACUAGAAUAUGUAAUGUAUGGUUAUAGUACAUGCAAGGUCAAUGUGCAUAAUAUAUCCUAUGAAGAACUCAAGUGCUUAGUCCAACAGUGUAGGAACUUAGAACAAGAGAGGAAGUGUCAACAAAUGUGCAUUAUUUGUGCUUGCUCACAAAAUAUUAUGCUUUUGAAGCUUUGUUAUACUGGUAGAGUUCAUGAUUGAAAUUUCAUUAAUCUCCUGCUCUGAUCUCUGUUGCCACAUCUAAAAGAAUAUUAAAGCUUUGUUAUCCUGUGAGGGCAAAACUAAAUCUUAAAACUCUGGCCUUUUCAGUUUUACUUGUGAUAUACUGGUCUGUUUAUUGAAUGGUUUGCAUAGUUUCAGGAAAAAUUGUAUCAUAUCAAUAUUCCAUAUUCUGUAUAUGUGAAAUGUGUCAAAAUUGUACCAUUUUUAUUUAAAUACAAUCAUUGGGCUUUAUACUCUUA